AUGGUCACAUCUCUUAAUGGAGUGGUAACGUCAGCACCAGAGCCUGCAGCAGAAAGACCACACCCAGUACUGAGUGUAUCUCCACAGAGCUGGGUGACUGAAGGAGACUCAGUGACUCUAAGCUGUGAGGUUACAGACUCCUCUACAGACUGGACAUUCAGCUGGUACAGACAUUUUACCUACAAAAACAGUUAUGGAGAUAUCGGGUAUAAAGAGGAACUCCUCUCAGACAGCAGCAGAGGAUCUCGAGGCUCCUACACUAUCAGUCCUGUCACUCGUAAUCACACAGGAGUUUAUAUGUGCAGGGGAGAGAGAGACAGACAGCAGGUUCAGACAGAUCGCAGUCGUCCACAGCCACUAUGGAUCACUGGUGAAUCUUCUCCAGUCUCUCUGAUCAUCAAUCCCAACAGAACUCAACACUUUACUAAACACAUUCUCUCACUCAGCUGUGAGGACCGGAGUAACUCUACUGGACGGACAGUGAGACGAUACAGACAGAGUGAGGGAGUGUCAUAUUGUUCACGGUGGGGAUCAUUUACCGGAUCUACAUGUAAAAUCAGCUCCCUAUACACAUCACACACUGGAGUUUACUGGUGUGAGUCUGAAUCUGGAGAAACUAGUAAUCCUGUCAACAUCACAGUUCAUGAAAGACCACGUCCAGUACUGAGUGUAUCUCCACAGAGCUGGCUGACUGAAGGAGACUCAGUGACUCUAAGCUGUAAGGUUACAGACUCCUCUCCAGACUGGACAUUCAGCUGGUACAGACAUGUUCCCUACAGAGACAUUUAUGGACAUAUUAGGUAUAAAGUGGAACUCCUCUCAGACAGCAGCAGAGGAUCUCGAGGCUACUACACUAUCAGUCCUGCCACUCGUAAUCACACAGAGGUUUAUAGGUGCAGUGCAGAGAGAAAUGAACAGCAGGUUCAGACAGAUCACAGUCUUCCACAGCCACUAUGGAUCACUGGUAAAUCUCCCCCAGUCUCUCUGAUCAUCAAUCCCAACAGAACUCAACACUUUACUGGUGACUCUCUCACACUGAGCUGUGAGGACCAGAGUAACUCUACUGGAUGGACAGUGAGACGAUACACAAACAGUAACAGUGUGUCAGAUUGUUCACGGUGGGGAUCAUUUACAGGAUCUACAUCUACAUGUGAAAUCAGCUCCCUCUCCAAAUACCACACUGGAGUUUACUGGUGUGAGUCUGAAUCUGGAGAAAACAGUGAUCUUGUCAACAUCACAGUGUAUGGGCCCGUACUGAGCGUAUCUCCACAGAGCUGGCUGACUGAAGGAGACUCAGUGACUCUAAACUGUGAGGUUACAGAUUCCUCUACAGACUGGACAUUCAGCUGGUAUAGAGAGGUUACCUACAGAGACAGUGAUGGAGAUAUCAGAUAUGAAGUAAAACUUCUCGCAGACAGCAAGAGAGGAUGUGGAGGCUCCUACACUAUCAGUCCUGCUGCCCGUAAUCACACAGGCGUUUAUAGGUGCAGAGGACAGAGAGAUGGACAGCGGGUUAUGACAGAUCACAGAAAUUCAUAG